AUGGCAAAGUGUAGAACAAAUGGCAAGAGAAAGAAUGGCAUUGUAAUGCUUAAAAUAGUGGUGGAAAAGCUACAGAAAAGUUUACUCUCAGGAAGGAAAAAUACGUCGGACUUGGAUGAAUUCGAAGAAGAAAUGAGGGAGUCGACGAACUUGCCAAAUGAUGUGAAGGAGGGACAUUUUGCAGUAAUUGCAGUAGAUGAUGGUGAAUUGAAAAGAUUCAUUGUGCCGUUGAGUUAUUUGACUCAUCCAUCAUUCUUGAGAUUAUUGGAGCAAGCUGCAGAAGAAUAUGGAUUUCAUCACGAGGGUGCACUGACCAUUCCUUGCCGGCCAUGCGAGCUUGAACGCAUACUGGCGUAG